AUGCGGACGGUCCGCAUGCAGCCUCGCCGGGUCAUCCGCACCUUUAAAGUAACCCACCUCGUCGUCCUUGGGGCCGUCAGUAGUGGACGGCGAUUUGACGACGUUAGGAGUCUCCGUUCGAGUCCCGAGGAAGAAGAGUCAAACGGCGGCGGGAGGAGGAUGGAUGUCGGGCUGUCGGUGGGGGAAGAGGAGGAGGGGGGAGUGUUGGUGGUGGGGAGGAGUCCGUACGAGAGGGUGGUGAGGAUGGCCAGCGGGAACGCGGUGGUGGUGUUCAGUGUGAGCGGCUGCUGCAUGUGCCACGUGGUGAAGCGACUGCUGCUGGGGCUGGGGGUGGGGCCCACCGUCUACGAGCUCGACCAGGAGCUAGGUGGCCGCGAGAUCCAGGCCGUCCUCGCCCAGCUCCUCUCCGCUCCCUCGUCUUCUUCUCCUUCUCCGUCGACGACGACAACGUCCGCCGCGGCGCAGAUGAACGCGGCCGUGCCGGCGGUGUUCGUGGGAGGGAAGCUGCUGGGCGGGGUCGAGAAGGUGAUGUCGUGCCACAUCAACGGCUCCCUCGUCCCACUCCUCAAACAAGCCGGUGCUCUCUGGCUCUAAACUACACUAAAACUCUCUCUCUUUCUCUCUCCCUACAAUAUAUAUCUAACCCCAACCCCUUUCCUCCACCUUUUUUUCCGUCUCUCUUUUCUUCUUGCUACUGUACAGUGAAAAUGUACACCCUUGGCAGUGUAACCGAUCGAGAGAUUCUGUUAAACAAGGGUUUCUUAGUAAAGUU